AUGACGAUCGAGUCUGUCCCAAAAAUACCUCUCAAUGCGCCCUCGUGGACUCGCGCCAAGGGCUCUAUAGGUCUGCACUACAUGACGUCACCAAACUUUCACUGGAUUAGAGAGGACAUUUGUGAAUCUGGAGGACAUUCUGUCAAAGCUGUAAACACACACACACACAUCUUCACUGUUGUUGUUCUUGAUGUUUCUCUCUUCUUGUGUUCAGAUGCCUGUGAUCUCACACUGGAUCCAAACACAGCACAUACUCGACUCGUUCUGUCUGAUGGGAACAAUAAGGUGACACGUGUGAAUGAGGAUCAGCCGUAUCCUGAUCAUCCAGAGAGAUUUGAUGUGUGUGAUGAGAUUCCUCAGGUUCUGUGUAGAGAGAGACUGACUGGACGCUGUUACUGGGAGGCUGAAUGGAGCGGAUAUGGUGCUGAAAUAUCAGUGACAUAUGAAGGAAUCAACAGGAAAGGAUGGAGUGAAGACUGUGUGUUUGGAGAGAAUGACAAAUCCUGGAGUCUGUCCUGCUCUGAUAGAAGAUUCACUGUCCGUCACAAUAAUAACAGGACUGAUAUACCUCCUGUCCAUUCAUCCUCUAAGAGAGCAGGAGUGUAUGUGGACGUGUCGGCCGGCUCUCUGUCCUUCUACAGCGUCUCUGACACACACACACUCACACACUUACACACACUCAACACCACAUUCACUGAACCCCUCUGUGCUGGAUUUAGGGUUUAUUCCUCCUCAGUGUCUCUGUGUGAUAUUAAUAGGGCUGUAGUCAAGUCCACCUUUGUCGAGUCCAAGUCAAGUCCAAGUCCAAAAGGUUCGAGUCCAAGUCAAGACCGAGUCCAAAGAGGUUCAAGUCCAAGUCAAGUCCAAGUUGAAAAGGUUCGAGUCCAAGUCAAGUCCGAGUCCAAAUGAGACAGUCAAGACAGAGACAGAAAAAAUGAAUCCUCUUCAAGACCACGUACAUAACUAUUGAUAAUUUAUGUGAUGCGAGACAGCAUAUCUUAGAUUCUAAAAUAAGAAUUUUGCAUUAUUAUUUUUUGCAUUAUUACAUGUUUUUAAAUUCUCUACAACUGUGGUUCCCAAACAUUUUACAGUCGCAUACACCCUGUGGCAUUUAACAUUCUUCUGCAUACCCCCUCUCUUCCACUUAGACUGCUGCAGUCCACACCUUUUCCCCUUUAAACUGAUUGUGCAUUACAGUGCUUUUUUUUACCUCUAUAAAUACCUUUAUAAAAUAAAUAAAUGUUUUAAAUUAAAAAUGU